CAAGGACACACACGGACACACACGAACCUCAGCCGGGACUCGGGGUUCACUUCUUCUGUCACAUGAGACAGAGCGAGAGGGAGGAGCCGUCGAAGCCGUCUGUGGUCGAGGUGUGGACACCGUGUGGACUGCUCAGGUGGUUUCAGAUCCAGCUGGUCGGUCCGGUUCCUCACAGCUGGUCUCUGUCCCACUGACGCUCUGUUUUGGUUGGAUUAAGUUUCACCCUCAUGUCAACAAACACACUCAGCGGAUCCUCCUCCAUUGUUCUGCUGCUCCACCAUGAGACGCUCAGUGAAGUGAAGACCAGGACGACGCAGAAGAAGCAACGAGCCUUGGUCCUUGUCUGCUUGAUUUUCACUUUCAUUCAUGUCCUAUCUGCUAACAUGGAGAAGAGAGGUUUAUGACAAGUGUCAGAGCGAUGCCUGAAGGAUCUGUCAUCGUCUCGUCUGACGUCUCCAUGUCUGAAGAGUCGCCCCGCCUCUCUACCGCCUCUAUUAGCAGUAAUGACCGGGCGCCUUCAGCCACGCCCUCGGACACAGAGCUGCCUUUGUCGGACCCUCGCCCUGUGAGCCUGAUCUCCACGCUGUCCUCGGGAUCCAGAGACGACAGCCUCGCCCCGCCGCCAUUCAGCCAAACCUCCGCCCCCGGCUUCAGCCCCGACCCGAGCCCCGCGGGACACGGCGUCGAGGAGUCGAGGCCAUGCCCACCCUGUCACAGUAAGGGGUGGAGCCUCGGCCUCACCCAGAACAACAACAACAACAAAGAGUCACCGGCGAGUCGGGCCUCACGGGGCCGGCAGCAGACGGCGCCGCUCAUGACCGGCAGCAUGACACCGAAGCCUCAGCUGACCUACCUGGACCGGGUGGUCAUGGAGAUCAUCGAGACAGAACGGAUGUACGUCAGAGACCUGCGCAUGAUCGUAGAGGACUACCUGGCUCACAUCAUCGACUGCUCCAGUGUGUCCAUCCGCCCCGAGCAGGUUUGCUCUCUGUUCGGAAACAUCGAGGACAUCUACGAGUUCAACAGCGAGCUGCUUCAGGAUCUGGACCAGUGUGACCACGACCCGGUGGGCGUCGCCCGCUGCUUCGUCCUGAAGAGCGAGUACUUUGAGAUCUACACUCAGUACUGCACCAACUACCCCAAUUCGGUGGCAGCGCUCACUGAUUGCAUGCGGAUUAAAUCUCUGGCCAAGUUUUUCCGGGAGCGUCAGGCCCAGUUGAAGCGUUCGCUGCCUUUGGGUUCUUACCUCCUCAAACCGGUUCAGAGGAUCCUCAAGUACCACCUGCUGCUCCAGGAGAUAGCGAAGCACUUUGACCCUGAGGAGGAGGGGUAUGAGGUGGUGGAGGAGGCGAUCUACACCAUGACGGGCGUGGCCUGGUACAUCAACGACAUGAAGAGGAAACAUGAACACGCCGUCAGGCUGCAGGAGGUUCAGUCUCUGCUGUUGAACUGGAAAGGUCCUGACCUCACCACGUACGGAGAACUGGUUCUGGAGGGAACCUUCAAAGUUCAUCGAGCCAAGAACGAGAGAACCCUGUUCCUGUUUGACCGCGUGCUGCUAAUCACCAAACGCCGCGGAGAACACUACGUCUACAAAACGCACAUCUCAUGUUCCACUCUGAUGUUGAUCGAAAACGCCAAAGAUUCUCUGAGCUUCAGCGUCACUCAUUACAAACAUCCCAAACAACCGCACACUGUCCAGGCGAAGACGGUGGAGGAGAAGAGGCUGUGGGCUCAUCACAUCAAACGCAUCAUUCUGGAGAACCAUCACGCCAUCAUCCCACAGAAGGCUAAAGACGCCAUCUUGGAAAUGGAUUCCAUCUAUCCGCCCAGAUAUCGGUUCAGCCCAGAGCGGCGCAAGAAAGCUGCGUCCUCUCAGUGUGAAGACGCUCGGGGGGGGCGACGUGAGUCAGAACCGAACCAUCAGAACCUGAAACCAGUCGUCAGAGACAUCUUUCAGGACGGCGGCGACACCUCCUCACUCGACCUGAACAAACAUCUUGUGACAGACGUUGGAGCUGAAGCGACAUCUGAGCAGCUGUCCAUCGAUGAGCUGCUGCAGGAUAAGACGUCAGAACCUGGACUGACAGAAAUCGCUGAACCAGACUUUUCGGAUCUGGAGCCUCCUGUGAUCUCAGUGUCUCCUCAAAGUUCAGAAGAACUGAAACCUGAAGGAGAUCCAGUCCCCCCAGAGGAGCCGCUGUCCGCCACGCCAGAUUCAGAUUCAAGAACCUUGAGCAGUGCGGAAUCAUCUGAAGAAGAGGAGGAGGACAAGAAGGCUUCAGAGAAAGAGGAUGGAGCCACAAGUAUUCUUCCAUCUUCUGUUCUGGACAAAGCCAGCUCCAUCGCUCAGCACUUCACCAGCAGCAUCAAACGAGGCGGUAAAACUCCAGACAAGGCCCGCUUCUUCGGCUUCGCUUCUCCACGGUUACCGAGCAGAACCAGCAGCAGCCUCAGCCUCAGUGCAGAACCCCCCGACCAACCUUCAAGGUUCAGCAGCGUCUCUUCUGAGGCUGCGGAGACUUUACGAGCAACAGAUUUGACUCAGUUGUCUCCUCAGGACGACAGCCUCUUUGACGCCGAUAGAAGCAUUCAACGGAGGCGGGACUCCAUCCUGUCCAAACAGGACCAGCUGCUCAUUGGCAAAAUCAAGAGUUACUAUGAAUAUGCGGAGAGCCAGGACGCCACCUUCAGCCUCCAGCGCAGAGAGAGUCUGACCUACAUCCCAACCGGGCUCGUCAGGAGCUCGGUCAGCCGCUUCGACAGCGUCCCGAAGGAUAACCACGUCCAGACCAAUCCCUCCACCUCCACCACCCUCUCCGGUCUCCACCCAUCGUCAGUGGAGUUACAGUCCACCUUACCCACAGACACCCGCUGUCGCUUGGUUUCCAGUGACUCUUUAGACUCUUUAAAGUCUGAUCAGAGAAGCUCAGAUCCAGGAGAUUCAGAAGACAGCCUCAGAUAUCAGAGCCUGCAGAAGGAUCCAUCUGAGGGUGAGGAGUUCAGACCCUCAUCUGAAAUGAUCAAGAUCUGGCAGGCGAUGGAGCGAGAGACCACCAGAUCCCACAGCGACGACAGCGAAGCUCCGACAAACUCCAGAGCAACUGAGGCUGUCACCAAGAUCCCAAACAACAGCUGUGAGCGAGAGAGUGAAGAGUCCGACCUCAGCACCGUCCCAGAAGAGUCAACGAGCCCUUCAACCCCCAAGCAAAGAUCCUCCGACGGGACUUACACGGGAAGUCUGAAGGUUUCUGGGGAAGAGGCUGUCGUCCUCAGGGCUCCGGUUCUGCGAGUCACUCAACUGAGGGCAGGGGCAGAGAGGCCCCGCGAGGACUCAAGCAAAGACCUGGACAACAUGAAGAGCAAAGUCCAGCACCUGGCUCGCCAGUACAGCCAGCGAAUCAAACCCACCAAGCCGGAGAUGAGACAGCGAAGUCCGGGCGUCUUGACCAGUAAGAAGAGUUUACCCUGCGUGCUGGAGGAGACCGAGGGUUCAGGUAAAUCAGACCUGGCGCUGGUUUCUCAGCUUAAGGCUUCUUCUCUAGAGCUGAGCCCCACCGACCAGACCCAGCGUCCGACCUCCAUCCUCACCUUCAGCUCAGGUAUGGCCUCCAUGGGUCCAGCUCCCUCCCGCAGCCCUCUGACUCCUCCCCCCAUCGAGGGCUUUCACUGGCCUGACGUCCGAGAACUCCGUUCCAAAUACUCUGACCAGAAGAGUCCCGUAGGCCGGAGUCACUCCAUCCCAGAGCAGAUGUCUGACGGGGGUGUGAGGAGACACUCCAGCUGCUCCUCCAGUCCCUUCUUCGCCGAAGGAGCUUCUGGCGAGGGUCGUUCACACAAGACUCAGCGCAGCCAGGACGCCAGACGACGGGAACGCAGCAAACGGCUUCAACGAGCCAAAUCGCUGGAGCCUCAACUGAGCGGACUUCAAAUGUCUGAGCUUCAGAACCUGAAUGACCAGGUGGCCGAGGCCGAGUUCCAUGGUUACUUCAUCGCAGCUGAGACCACGUUACCCAACGACCCCGAACACAAGAUCACUGUCAUCGAGAAACUUCCAGAGCCUGAGUCCGAAGAGACCGCCUCGACAUCAAAAGAAGAAGAAGAAGAAGAAAAUUACGUUCAGAUCCGUUCACCAACCAGCAGGGAGAAGAUCUCCAUCAUGGCCGUCAUCGACCGCUGCCGAGCCUAUCAGGAAUCUGACGAAUACAAACAGAGAGACGAGGCUAAAAGCAAAACUCUGAAGCCUCAAGAGCUCGACAAGACCAGCGCGUCUUUGACCAGUCGGGACGAAGAGUCCAAGAAGACAAACGCGGGACAGAAGACGGAAGUUGGACAUCAGAGUAUCGUAAAGAACCUGAGAGAAAAGUUCCAGAGUCGGAGCUGAAGAACAUUUUUAUAAAACUGUGAGACGUUGGAUCAGCGAGGAACCCAAAGUUUGUGUUUCAUUCAUUUAGUGGUGAACAGAUGAUGAGAUGAGUUUGUUAUUAUUAUUAUUAUGAAUUAGAAACCAUGAGAUCCAGAUUAUUAUAACUCAAACUAAUUUGCCCCAAAAAUCUCUUGUGCUGUAAACACAACAGAUUGUUUGUUUUGUGAAUGUUUAGAAACAUGUAAGAUAUUUUUUAAACGUCUUCAAUCAGGAAUGCUGCUGGAUGUUUUGUGUGUUUUCCUCUUCACACACAUUAAGAAUCAUCACUUCACUGUAAACGCGUCAUAUGUGCCAGUUACAGCUGUUUUUUUACUGUAAAAAAAUAAGCUAAAAAAUAACCACUACAUUUUCACGUCACUUUGUUCAGUCACACGUCUGAAGCAUCAGAUUGUGAUGUUCCCUCAGUGCGUCAGGACAGCUUAGCUUAGCUUAGCUUAGCUUAGCACAAAGUGGGCGCAGGAGAAAAGCUUCAGGUGUGUUUGUGUUUGUGUUUUGUUUUCAUUCAUUUUCCUUGACUGUGUUUUUAAUCUGAUGUUUUUUCUGGUUUGAUGAAACUUUAUGUGUAAAAACACAAACUGUCUGAAACCUGCUUCAUCAAGAGAUCAAUGAAAAUAACAAACAAUUAGUGAAAUCAUCAUUUAACUGUUUAACUUCUCUGAGCAGAUUUUGUAAGUAAGAAUUAUUUUCUUUAUGAGAAAAUCAUAAAAAUCUACCUGGAUGUUUGAGUAUUAAUGUUGAUUGAGUAUACAUCUGUUUUGGUCUGUUUAUUUCAGUAAUUGAUUAACUGUGGUUUAUUGAUUUCCUGAUAAACAGCUGUUGUCCUCCAUACACAAGAAUGACUUGUUUGAUUUCGUGCCUUGCUCAAAGGCACACUGGCAUAUUAGAAACUUGAAUUUGUGAGUUUCAACGUCCUGUUUACUUCACAUGAUUUAAACACAAAACACAGCGAACACACCUCAGAGAACAUGUGUUUGAAUCUAUAUUAAAACCAUGUAAGCAGA